CUAUGAGAAAGUUUGUGACAGUAUCAACACUGUUAACAUUUAAAGGUUACGAUUAAAUACAUUUACAUUGGGUAUAUAAAAAAAAUAUUUAAGUGUUUUAUUCGUUAAAAAUAUAUAAACUAUGGCUGACGAAAUAAUUGCGGAUAAUUGUUUAGAAAUAAAUACAGGAAAGAAUCUUGCCGAAAUUCCAAAAGAUGCAAAUGAUAGAUUGUUCGAUGAGAUUAUUGGCCACAUAGAAGAUCUUUUACUAGAAGAUGGCUUUCAUGCCAUUCAAGAAGAAUUUUUAGAAAAAUAUUGGACCAUUUUUGAGCCAACUGAAGAGAAUAAAUUAAUUUAUACAGAAGUAUUUAAUGAAUAUAAUAAAACUGUGGAAACUUAUAUUGUUAAUUAUUUGCAAAAAAUUAUUCCACAUUUUAAUAUGAAUGUUUUUCUUCAUUAUUUAAGUGAAAAACAAGCAGAAUUAGACGGCGAAGUUUUCGAAGUAUUAUCUGCAGUUACAGACUUUCUAGCAUUUAAAGAAAUGCUUCUUGACUAUCGAGCUAUGAAAGAAGGAAAAGUUCAAGAUCUUAGUUCAGGAAUAUCCAUAAAGUCUGUAAAAAAUCCUAUAACUGAUUUUGAUUUAAGAUAAGAAUAACUUUUUACAAAUAUUUACUUUUGUGAACAAUUAAUCAGCAUUUAUGAAAUAAAAGUAUUUAUCAAAAA